AUGCCAUCGGCCCUGUCCACCUUCGGCAACUCGCUCAGUCUCCGGGUCGAUGGUGCCAUUGGCGCCAUGUCGCUCAACCCCAACGGGCGCGACGCCGUCCUCGCCGGUCGCCGGGGCCUCUUCAUCAUCGACUUGGACGACCCGUUCACCGCGCCUCGCUGGCUCCACCAUAUCACCCUGUGGGAGGUCGCCGACGUCCAGUGGCUGCCCCACCAUACUGUCAAACCGCUGUGGGUGAUCCUGACCCUGAACCAACGGGCGUUGCUUUGGGAUCUCAACCGGCCGCUGGCCAAUGCCAUCGCCCAUGUUCUUCAUGGCCACACUCGGGCGAUUACCGAUAUCAAUUUCCACCCUGGCGAUCCUGAAUUACUCGCUACGUGUUCGGUAGACACGUUUGCCCUUGCCUGGGACAUGAGAGCCCCCAGAACUCCCGCCAUGAAGUGGGCCGAGUGGCGUGCCGGUGCCACCCAGGUUAAGUGGAAUCACCAUAACCAGUACCAAAUUGCCACUUGUCACGACCACAGUUUCUACCUAUGGGAUACGAGAAAAGGAGCGUUGCCUAUGGUGAAAAUUAGAGGGGCUCACGCCGGGAAAAUCAACGGGCUUGAUUUUAGUCGUGGCCUCUCCCAGAUUAUCACGCUGUCCAAUGAUAAUAAAGUGAAAGUAUGGGAUUUGACAACCCCCCAAGCUCAGCUGUAUAUCGAUAAGUUUGAUUACUUUUCCGCUGCAAACACUAAUCGGGGAGUGACCACUCGAGUUACUCCACAAGUCGUCGUCGAUUGUGAGUUCCCCGUGGCCAAAGCGCGUUGGUUACCGUUUGGCUCUGAUUCAUGUUUUGGAAUUAUGCCUCUUAGAGGGGGAAAUAACGCUAUCCACAUUGCUAAUCUCCUGCUGGCAUCGUCUACUGCUCCUGAAGAAGGCGACGCUAUCCCGCUUUCCGAAGUUGAAGUCCACCAAUUUGAAGGUCAUACUGGCGGCAUUAAGGACUUCCUCUGGCGACAGCGUCAUCAACACUACCUGGACGGCACUCUGUACCCCAGUAAGGACUACCAGUUGGUCACAUGGCUGUCACACGAUUACGACUUGAAGCUCUGGAGCAACGACGACGUCCUGGGCGACCUAUACUCCAAAGUGAACUAUAACCCGGGUUUCGUCCCCGUAUUGGAUGAUAGUUCCGAUGAAGAAGUGGUGUAUGAUUACCACACUUACCUUUACGAGCCACCGGUGACCAUCGACGAUAUGCGCAGCGUCACCUGUGGCGACACGUUACUGUCGUUAGCAUUAGUGGAGAUUAAUGCCGCCAAGAAAGACCAGGCCCGUUUGGGUAAUGUUGACCAUUUGGACUGGAUUCUGGGGGUUCGUUUGGGAGGGAAACGCGUCGAUGCCGAUGGUUAUCCUACCAAUUUGGGUGAAGAAGUAUCGAUUGUUGGUCGCAAAUUCCCUAAAGUACGGUUUGAAAAGAUUUCGGUGUCCACUGGUGAGAUUGUGGUGUCGUUCCGUGGGGUUCGUCCCGAAGUAACUAAGGAGGAAAAAGUACCUGAACCGGCUGAUUACUCAUUAACUAAUGAAGACGAAACAGGCACGGUGACUAGUGCUGGCAAACUGACAGGUAAAGCUGAUGAUUCGGCUCCACAAGCGUUAACGUCGCUGCUGGGAGGAGGGUCAGAUUCAGUAAAUCUUGUGUUUAUGAGACUCCAAAUUGAUUUCCCAUCACUGUACCCAUUCCUUUCCGCCACCUCAAAGAAACGACGCAAUUUGGUACGGUUUAAACUUGAAGAAACCCACGAACUUGAUGCUGCUGCCAUCACCACCAUCGAGUCCCAACUCGACGAAAUCGCUCAAUUCUACUCGAAUAAGCACCAGAAAUUUUGUCUCGAACCGUGUUUACGUAUGCUUAUGGGGGAAAAGAUUGAAUUGGAUGAUGAGGCACUUGCAGCAGCCAUGGGUGAGACCCAAGACGGAACCCUCGAAGCGAUUGAAGAGAUUGCUAGCGACAGAAGUAGUCUUCUGAUGGUGGUAUCUGACGAUGAAGACGAAGAUAAUCCACCUAGUGUGGUUGAUGACUUUGACGAUGGCGUCAUUGAGUUUGCCGAACCACCGUCACAAAACGUCAAUUUCUUUGACCUGACUCCAGUCCCCAAGGGGUGUGGUGCUACCUGGACUCCUACCGGUCAACUUGUGUGUUUCUUUGUCCCCACCGAAGACCGUCCCAAGAAAUUGGAUAUAUUCCAUUUUGCCGAACUGGGAGCCGACGACGGCCAAACCGCCACUGCCCCCGUCAGUGAAAACGAUACUUCCGACGAUCUGGACUUCUCUCGGGCUGACGACGGUAGUUCUAGUGAUGAUGAUAGUUUCCAAGAAGAAUGGGAUGCCUUGAUCGCCGGUGAUGCUCCGCUGAGAGCCCGUGUUCCUGCUUUAUUUAAAACGGUGGUGGGGCUCGGCAACGAGUAUGGAGGCCUGCUGAGCCAUAAACGUCCAGGAAAACUGGUCGGAGGCGGCACUGCCAAUAACCAGCUGCUGGUGAGACGUUUACAAAAGCAUAAGAAGAACUUGAAUAUUGUCGGUAUAUUUGACUAUAGCCACUUGAUGCAGGCCAAAGUCGAUUUGGGCUACGAGUACCGUAUCUUAGGCGAUACUCCUGAGAGACUUGCACGUCACAACGGUGAGGUUGCCACCAAGUAUGGUUUAACCGAUAUUGCUCACACGUGGAGAAUCUUAGAGAUGACGCUCAUUAAAAAUGUCGACACGUUCGGGGCGUUUGAACUGGUGGGACCUUACGGACAAUCCACACAAAACCAGUGGGACUCUGAAGGACGAGUCUACUCACAGAAGCCACCGAUGUUCUUUUGGGGCCACCACCCGUUUGGCCACUCGUGGUUAGUUAAAGAACUCUUCACUUACUAUGAACAACAGGGCAAUAUCCAGAUGCUAGCAAUGAUGGCGUGUAUUCUCCAUGAAAACGCUCGAAACUUAUACCUGCUGGACGACGCGAUGAAAGUACCUAUUCACACCCCCUACAGGGCUCUCCCUCCCCCUCCGACAGUGCUGGCACUCGUGCCGGGGGAGGUGGCCAAGCAGACGUGGCAGCCGGCGCUGUCGCUGGCGCUGGACUUGAUGAUGCGGCUGGCCCUGGUCAUGUCCCUGCCCAAGCUGAAACAGAAACGCCCGCUGGUACCUACUGUGGGUACUCCAAACAGUGCCCCGUUAUACGCUUCAGGCAAACACCGCCUGAGUAAAAAAGUGAGGCUGCCACCUACAGUGACGGUGGAAAUGCUUAAUAUGGACUCGAUGGAUAUCUACGACGACGCCUACUUGUGUGGUUUGCUCUCGAGUCUCGACCCUGAUGUCCUCAGACGGUACCGUCAACAGUACGCCGACUUAUUAUACUUGUGGGGAUUACCGGUGAAUCGUAUUAAAGUGCUCAAGUUUAAUUACGCCAACGGUCCGGUGACUAGCAACGAUGGUGACCAGCACAAGUGCCAUAUUGCCUUGCGUAGUCGCCGCAAACAGAACCCCCGACAAGCGUUCGUUAAUCUGGUGACAUUCAUCGAGCUGAGUAAGCUCAACGCGUGGAACCUGGGCAAACGCACCGUGCUCAAGUAUUGUAAUUUGUGUGCGUUGGUGGUCAAAAAGAACUUCGUCGUGUGCACGCUGUGUGAACAUAUUCUCCACACUCAGUGUGCCAUGGAGUGGUGGGGAGCUAACGAACAGGAGUGUGCCAGUGGCUGUGGCUGCAACUGUUUGCUCCGGCCGUUCUCUCUGCAAAUGUAG